CGUGUCUCCAGCCAAACACCAAUUCAAUGUAAUGGUUUCGUGACAUUUUCGUACGAGAACCAACAACCGCCAAGGUUCAUUUGCUUGCGCUGAAAGGGACGGUCAAUGAUGACUGUGCCAAUCUGCCUUUCUGCGGCGUUCGUUAGCUGGAGACAUGGCUGAUGUCUCCAUUGUGUCGGCUGUCGCCAGACUCGAAGCCUCUAGCCAAGAAGAAAGACGAAACGGCCUUGACGAUCUUAAGCAUAUCCUGAGCCAGGUUAGGGCGGCUUUUGAGCGCAAGCGGAGCAGGACUGAGCAGGAUGAAGGCCAGCAUGUCGACUUCGACGAGGAUGACUUCCAUGUCUCCUUUGAGUUACUCUACAAGAUUGUGUCCAAGCAGAAACCGGCAUUCCUUCGAGCAACCAAGCCCACAGCCAAGAACUCUGCUGCAUCCCGUUUGGAGGUUGCUGCGGCCGCAUUGCGCUUUGCUGUAGAGAUCAGUGUCCCAUUUCUCAGAUUCAAGACCGCUCUUUCCGUCCUAGAUCAUAUCGUCGACACCCUUCCCACCGCUGAUGGGUCUUGGUGUGAGCCACUGCUCAACGACUACCUGAAAAGCUUUCGAAUACUGCUCGACCAUGCUCCACAUGUAGAGCACAUGCGUAGGAAGCAAUGGCAGACAUAUGUGGACUUUGCCCUGGCUGCGUUGGCUUCCGGUUUCGAUGACGGCGGUGCAGAGAGCGACUCGGCCCCUAGUCAAACGACGAGUGUGGCCUCGAGGGACGCCCGCCAGCCUUCCCUACGUCUAAGCCAGAGAGGCCGACGAAGCUUUGGGAGAGAUGCGGCUUCGCGUGCUGAGGAUAUCAUUCUUGCUCUGAGGGAUUUGACUUCCGUGACCAAUGCUCCAGUAAUGUCUCGGGCCUCUACAAUUGGAGAUUCAAUGCGUGACUUCCUGAACGCUGCCACAAGGGCCCAAGAAGUGGCCUUUGAAGUGUUAAGCCACGUCAUGAUGCUCUCUGUGACUGAAGACAUUGCGCUCACACAACGUUUGUUGCACGAUCUGAUGCCUGCCAUGUGGAGAUUGUGGUCGAGGUCAGCUUUGCUCCGAGAACGAAUCCUCGCUGUCUUGUUUCCAUGCCGGCAACUCUUCCUGGCCUCCAGCAACCCGUGGCUUUGGCCAGAUAUGCGAAGUCUAGAGCAGCUCCUGAACAGUCUCUUGACUGAAUACAAGGGAAGGAACCCCAGGGACAUCAUCCACUUCGAUGACAUGCAGUUGGUCGUCUCAGGAGAUGAUGCACCGCUACAAGUGGAUGAGUUCAAGCCUCUACGGACCUCCGCACGGGCGCUCUCCUGCUGGAUGACUUUGUCAAUCAUCGCCUGUAUUUCUCUGGCGCUCACUCGGAGGACACAGACACCGGCUCCCGAUAACCAUGAUGAUGAAGGCGCUCCCAGAAAGCGACAAAAAAUUCAAUCACCCCUAGAAGAGCUUCUACAACUUGCGGUCCAUGGGGUCGGUCAGGAGAAGCUCGUCGCUCUGCAAGUUAUCUUCUUCUCACUUGACCAGCCUUGCCCUGUUGAGCAGGAGUCUUUGUUGAUGCUGUUACCAGCGGCCUCUGAUUUGCCUCAGGAGGAUAGCAAUACUCAGACCUGGGUUUAUCUCGUGUUCGCACGGCUUGCCAUUUACAGCAACUUCGCUCAGUCCUUUGCUCCUGAAAUCUGGACCCAGCUUUGGGACGCUGCCCGAAGAGCGCUGGGUGUCCCAAUUACUGUAAGAGCAGCUUGCCACAUAAUGGAGGUAGUCGUCAGGGCACGGGUAUUACGCCCCGCCAUAAACGGCACUCUCAUUGAGAAAGCACUUUUUGGGGCCGGCAGCAGUGGCCCAUCUACAUUAACAGAUACCGCAUUGAUCAUGUUCAUCACGAUAUUACAGGGAGGAAUCCUUAACAACCAAAGGCAUUUCGAGGCUUUCUGUGUCAAAAUCAUUUCCUGGCUUACUGCACGCUGGACUCUUCCUUCCGUGCUCGAUCGUUUACACAACGCACACACGGCAACACAUGCCAAACCUCAACUUAUGUACACGUUGUUAGUGACCAUGUGUGGAAAGCCCGACUCAGUCCAGCAUACCGACGACUGGUCCCCGGUGCACCCGUUGUGGGGGCUCUCCCUCGCUGCUUCUUCAAACCUCGACUUUCUCCAUUAUCUUCUUGGACUCCCGGCUUCAAAGGCCCAGAAAUCCGAGUAUCGUGGAACUCCGACCACGUAUCAGCUUGACCCUUCAACAGCUGCUCGUCUCACCCAGCAGAUAGUUGAUCUGUUGACAGGACGACUCAAAGAGUUUAUCAUCUCGUGGCAGGCGAUACAUGCAGAACGCAGUCUGAACAUCGGGCCCGAUAUCGUCGAGAUUGUCGCCAUCGCCUCGCUUGUGGCGUCAGUAUUCUGGGUUCGCUGCGGUCGAACCAACAGUGAAGCCACUCCACCAGCGGUCUGGUCAGAGAGCCGGGAAUUGGUCACACGAUUCGUUCUACAAGGGACCGACACCAACGUCCCCCAAAUGGCUGUGCGCAUAUGUGGUCAUUUUGUGGACCUUCACAAUGAAGUAUACAAAGAGAACGUCGACCUGAACUGUGCCGAGUACUCAUCCCUCAUAGACUCAGCGCUGAAACUCGUCAAACACUCCCUGCCAUCCAAAGCCUCAGCAAAGACCUCUGAUCACGAUAUGAUGGAGUGGGAAAUAGAGGACUCUCGGGGAACGCAAAGUGCGAGUUCUAGCAUGAUCGCUGGCAUCCUGAGGGCGGACCUGCCUCUGUGCCCGGACUUGGAAGCUCUUAUGGCCAGGUACACGAUGCAGCUAACAAUUAUAUUACAGGGAGUGAAAUCGCGCCGAGCGUUUGACCCAGCCUCUGCCUCUAGGGUGGCGAACGAGAUUGUUGAGCUCGACCCCGUGCUGCUGGUCGCUAGUCGGGGCGCUAUCCAUGACUUCCUCUCCCUGAAGACAGGCAUCACACGCGCAGAUGCGUGUCGAGUUCUCGAAAGACUGGCCAAAUUAUACCUUGCAGAGGAGUUGUACGAAAGAUGCGAGUCUGUACAAUGUUUUGUCCUGGACGUUAUGUCAGGUUUGGUAGAACUGUGGGCACCAGAUGAGGAAGACGAUGACCUUGCAGCGAUUGUAUUCGACAUCUACGAAUGGUUUCUCAAUUCUGUCCUGGGCAAAAACAUCGCAUCGCCAAAAGUAUUGACAACAAUGGCCGAAUUGCUAGAUGUACUCCUCCGGGUGAAUCCCUCCUACGGGGGAGACGACCUCCCAUCCCCUAGGACAAGCCUUCUCAAAAUCCUUCAGAUUAGCGACCCUCUGAACAAGUAUAACAUGGCUGCAAAACUUUCUCAUAUCUUCGAGAAGUUUGUCCUCGAUCAGCAUGAGGCCAUUUUUGACGAUAUUGUCGAGAAUUUGCCGACGGAUCCAGACAACAGAGAGGGAAUCGCUGUGCGUUUGCACAUCGUUGCAUACCUGGGAUCCCGAUGGCACACAGUCCUACGACGGGCGACCUACCAUUUGUUCGAGACUGCCGCUAAUGUACCCUCUACCACAGAGUUGGCCCGGGUGUGCAUCAGUUCUACCUGCGAGAAGCUGGACAUUGGACACUCUAGCCAGCUCUUCAAGUUCUUUUCACCCCAGAUUUUCUACACCUGGCUCAAGAAGGACACACUAUCUCAUAUGCCUUUCAGGGCGUUCGGUUAUGACACACUCAAAGAAAUGUGCUUGGACAACAUCUCCGAGAUCACAGGGCAGAUUGCCCUCAGAGGGUUUAGUCAUGCUGAAGAGCUUGCACAGUUGGUGGGCCAGGACUGGACUUCUCUGUUGAUUCAGGAAUUCGCCUUUGCUAUAGCCUACGCCCUCUCGUCUGAGACCAGUCUACCAGAUGAGGAGCGACUUUACAACGGAUCCGAACAACUUGUCAGGAAGCAUUUGGGCUCGGAGCGCUACCUUCAGCUGCUGCGUUCGUCAGUCCCUGACAUUAUUUCUCGUCUGAUCAUUUCGCUUAGGGACGAUCGGGGCAUCGAAAAAGCAUUGGAGAGAUAUCAUCGAACUGGGGAACUUGCAGCGUGGCAGGAAAUGGCUAGUUACUCUACCGAGAACAUCCAGUUGCCCCUUUCUCAACAGCCAUGCUUCCGCGCAAGAUGUCUGAUGGACGAGUUCAAAUACAUCAGCGACAAACUGAAUCUGCAAAUGGACGAUAUAUGGUCACCUUCACUAGUUGUCCAUGUCUAUCGACAGCUCCUGGACAAGGCUAGACCUGCCAUGGGACCUUUGCAUAUCUGCAACAUCAUCCGCAAAUUGAGAAUUGUGGUCAGUCUUGUCGGCCCGAUAGCCUUGGAGGGAUAUCCGUUGCAGAUGCUGCUCCACAAUCUGCGACCUUAUCUAACCAUGUUCGACUGCGCUGAGGACACAAUGGGUAUAUAUCGCUAUCUGUUGACCCAUGGUGCACCCUACCUACGUGGACAGCUCUCUUUCAUUGCCGGCUUAGGGGUGGCUACUUUUGCAUCCUUGACAGGCUUCAUCGCUUCUUCUCAGGACAGUACCACACAGGAGGGGCACUUCCUGGCAACUAUGACAAAGGCACAGGAGUUUCGCGCCUUUUUACGUCACUAUCUGGAAACAUUCGAUCCACUAGGUGUGACGGCUGAAGCUCUAACGACCUUCAGACAGAUUGUCCAGCAUGCCAAAGCCAUAGCGCAGCCUGGCAACAGCUCGACGAGCACAAGCGAAGGCAGUCUCCUCCGUUCCCUACUGGAAGAUCGAAGCAGUGAACAUCCACUCCUAACCAACCUUGAUUUCGAUGUCUCAAUGGAAAUACUCUGUCGCGGAUUCUCUCCUGCUACAGAUACUCAAGACGAUAUACUCGAGAAUGAUGAUGAGGCGGCUCGCUUCUCCCCUACCUUGUCCUCGGUUUUGAAAAGGCUUCGGUUGGAUGAGGCUUCCCGCCUUUGGGCUGCACAAGGUAUAGGUCGCGGCUACAUCGCUCGCGGCCUGCACUUGAAUGUCAAAGAGUUGCUUACAAGUGCCGAGUCAACGGUAUCGUUGAGAGGCCAUGACCUGACACCGGUUUCAUCCUAUACUGGAAUUGUGCGAUUCUUGUCCGACCUCCUGUGGAGUGCCGACUUCAGCACGGCCACCUUUGCGGAGAAAACCUUACAACUUAUUUUCAGUUCUCUUUCCAAGGCGGUAGAGCAGGAAGUACUCGACGCGGAUUUCGGCCGGCACCUGGUGGCUGAUUUGAGGCUCGAAACUUUCCCUUGCCCGGCUAUCCGAGCGUCGGCGUACCUGGCAUCAGAGGGGAAUCUUACCUUGUCAGCUAGCCAGUCUCGUUCCUGGGCAGCAACACUGUUGCAGUCUAUCUGUCAAAAAUCAGGCCACGACCCCGUGUUGAGUUUUCUCGAGCCUCUCAUAAGCGCAGAUCCAACCUGUGUGGGCAUGUUUUUUCCAUAUGCAGUCCACCUUGCCCUAGCAAGUGAUUUCAACACAGCGCACACUUUCAGGGAAACUCUAUCCCAAGUUUUUGCCGAAAUCUUGCAAAGCGAGGACAACUCAUCCAGACAAGCCCAAGAACUUGUGCUUCGGACGAUAUUGUACUUGAGAGAAUGCAGGAUUUCGAACGAGGAGAACAAUGCUCAGCGGAAUUUAUGGCUCGACGUCGAUUUUGGAAUGGCAGCAGUGGCAGCAACCAAAUGCCAGAUGUGGCAUGAAGCCCUACUUUUCCUGGAGUUACAACACUCUCAAGCUCAACUUCAAACAGGACGCUCAUCUCGCCGAUCGAUGGUCUUGACAGAUGCUGUCCCGACAGAGCUUGUAUCAAGAAUCUACGAGAAUGUCGAUGAUCCAGAUUUCUUCUAUGGCAAGCACCAGGAGUUUGAUUUGCAAUCGAUCAUCCAUAAACUGAACCAUGAAGGUGCCAGCCAGAAGUCCUUGUCUUUCCAAAGUGCAAUGCUUGACUCCCAGCUCAUGAUGAACGAGCAAGAUCAGGAACUGGGCACUGUUGCACUGACAGCCGCCUCAACCUUGAAAGCCGCAAACAUGCAAGGCAUAGCUGAAGCUGUGAGCCAGUAUUUCGAAGGCUUUGGCGAUGGCGCGCAGCUCAGCGGCGGACAUUGGGAUGUCCUGACUGCGAACGACUCAGUGACAGAUUCAAGACAUGUGACGGACUUGCUUCGCGGCAUGCUGAGCGCCUCGACUACCGAAGUCUUGAAUAAGGACCUGGAUCGGUCACUUCUCAGCGUGGUGGACAAGCUCAGGACUGAGACAACUGAUAAAAGCUUGAUGGGCAGCCUCCUCUCCCAUAUAGCCGUUCUGUCCGAGGCAAGGCAGAUUGUUGGAGCAUCGACUGCCGGAAACCUCGAGUCAACCAUUUCGGCCAUAGAGCGAAGGAACGACAAGACCAAGUUCACUGAGUUCAACAAGCUAUCGCCGAUGCUUGUGGGUAGAGAAUACGCCUUCAACGCUAUCCGGAAAAACGCUGGGAUAAGGGCCACAAUGUCCGUGGACCUAUCUCAGGCCUUGUUAUUUGAGAUCAGGGUUGCCCGGCAGUCACUCAAGAUGGCUACAAACAACGCAGCGCCCCAAUUUGCUCUAAAUCGAACCAUCUAUCUUACUCAGCUCAGCCGCCUGGCCUCCGAUGCAGGUGUUAAGGUCGAUAUCGCCGUUCAGUACGACCUCGCAAGGACAUUUUGGGCGCAAAAUGAAACUUCCGCUAGCAUCGAAAUUCUACAAACACUCAAACAGCGCGACGACAUAGCCAAACAAGCCGUCAUCAUUACUAGGGCUGACCUUCUUACCGAUUUAGGCCAUAAAAUUGCGGAAGCUCGGCUCGAAAAGCCCGACGAGAUCAUAGACCGCUAUCUUCUACCGGCUUUCAAGGAACUUCACGGACGGGCUGUCGGUUCCGAGGCGGGACGAGUCUUUCACAACUUUGCUGCAUUUUGUGAUAUGCAGCUGCAAGACCCUGACAACCUCGAUGAUUUCACCCGAAUUAGCAAGAUCCGAGAUCGCAAAAUGCGCGACAUCCAAGAGCUUCAACGAAUGCACCUGAAUGGUGACGAACGGCAGCAAAAGCAAUUGAGAUCACAUCUGGCUCGAGCCAAGGAGUGGUUCAAGUUGGACGACCAAGAAUGGAAGCGAGUGUCUCAAAACCGACAGACACUCAUUCUGCAGUGCUUGGAGAAUUACCUCCUAUCCAUGCGAGCGUCUGACGAGUAUCCGAACGAUACGCUCCGGUUCCUGGCAUUGUGGCUCAAUCAGGCCGACAGCAAAGAAGCCAACAGAUCAGUUCGCAAGCACUUGGGAACAGUUCCGUCCUACAAGUUCGCACCACUUGUCAACCAGCUGUCAUCCCGACUGUUGGACAUACACGACGAUUUCCAGCAACUACUCAUGGAGCUCAUGUUCCGAAUCUGCUCUGACCACCCCUUCCACAGUUUGUACCAGGUGUUUGCCGCCAGUAAAAGCAAGUCAGCCAAGGCUGAUGAGGUCGCCGUGUCCCGAAAUGCAGCAGCAAACAAGCUUGCCGAGCUGAUAGCCAAGAAAAGUGUGUCGUCGCCCAUCUGGGUAGCCAUCCAUAAUUGCAGCAUUGCACUUUAUCGAGUGACACAGGAGCGAGCAGCUGACAAAGAUCUCAAAACGGGAGCCAAGUUCCCGCUACGAAAACUGCUCUCGGCCCAGAAGCUCGAACAGACAUUAAGUACGUCGUCUGUCAAGAUUCCGCCACCGACAAUGAACAUCCCGCUACGGCCUGAUCGUGAUUACUCGUCGGUGCCGGUGUUCAGCAAGUUCGAGCCAUACAUCUCGAUUGCAGGAGGUGUCUCUGCUCCCAAGAUCGUCACCAUGGUCGCCACAGAUGGCUCACGGCACAAGAUGCUACUGAAAGGUGGCAAUGACGACCUACGGCAGGACGCGAUCAUGGAACAGGUAUUCGAGCAGGUAUCGAAUCUUCUGCGAGAGCAUCGCACAACCCGACAGCGCAACCUGGGCAUCCGAACGUACAAAGUCAUACCACUCAACACAAAUGCGGGCAUCAUCGAGUUCGUCAAGGACACAAUCCCACUGCACGACUACUUGUUACCUGCACACACGCGCUAUUUCCCCAAAGACUACAAACCUAACAGAUGUAGAAAGGAGAUUGCGGACGCGCAGAACAAGCCACUGGACCAGCGGAUCCGAGCGUAUCGAACAGUCGUGGCCAAUUUUCACCCAGUCAUGCGCUUCUUCUUCAUGGAGCAUUUCCCAGAUCCGGACGAUUGGUUCUACAAGCGACUGAACUACAGUCGGUCAACGGCAGCAGUUAGUAUUUUGGGUCAUGUGCUGGGCCUGGGCGACCGACACGGCCACAAUAUCUUACUCGACGAGAAUUCCGGCGAUGUGGUGCACAUUGACUUAGGUGUCGCGUUUGAAGCAGGUCGCGUGCUCCCCGUGCCUGAAGUCGUGCCGUUCCGACUGACCCGCGACCUUGUCGAUGGAAUGGGCCUGACGGGCGUCGAGGGCGUCUUCCGCCGCUGCUGUAAUUUCACGCUCGAGGCCCUGCGUCGCGACCAGGAAGCCAUCAUGACCAUUCUCGACGUGUUGCGUUAUGAUCCGCUGUAUUCGUGGUCGAUUUCCCCGCUGCGGCUGCAGAAGAUGCAGGAGAACCAUGGUCAAGCGGACGAUGGGACGACUGCCGCAACAAGUGGGGGAGCUCUAGCCGGUGGUGGUGGAGGUGCCGCCGUUGAUCUAAAUAUCAAGAGAGACGCCGUGGGCGAACCGAGUGAGGCAGAUCGCGCCCUGACUGUUGUGGCUAAGAAGUUGAGCAAAUCGCUGAGUGUUGAGGCUACUGUCAAUGAACUUAUUCGUCAGGCUACCGAUGAGAGGAAUUUGGCAGUUUUGUACUGUGGUUGGGCUGCAUAUGCUUGAUCUUGAUCUUGAUCCAGAUAUGGAUUUGAUGCUGUUACUGUGCCGCAGAUGGAGUUGUAGAAAAGGUGGAACAGAACAGGCGAGGGCAAACUAAUACUCGCAGGACCAUUGAGGAUAGAAUGCUACUUUCUUUUGUUGAAAAAGUUAAAGACAAUUGAGUUAGGGCGAGAUCCUUGACCAUUCAAUGAUAAUGGACCACAAAAGCCAUUUCUUUUGGCUUCGGCUUUCCCCGAUCCACCUACAAAUAGUUGUCUCAUUUUUAGAUCCAAAUCAAAGCAAAGCAAAGAAAAGAAAAGCGGAGUGAAAGCACUGGGCCUUGACAUCAAGGCAUUGGUAUAAAUAGAAUAGAGUACAUAUUUACUAGGUAUAUAGGUACAUAUCUUCCAAUGACUUCCAACCACA